AUGAUGAAAAUAUAUUAAAUAAAAAUAUGAGAAAUCCAAGUUUAUUAAUCGAAAAGAUAACAGAUGAGAUUAUGACAUCAUGUGAGAAUAUAAAAAGCAGAAAUAAAGAUUAUACUCUUAAAAAUAAUGAUGACAAAGAAAAGGAAGAAAUAAUAAAAGAAAAAGAACAUAGUAACAAUAUUAUUUUAAACAAAAAUGAAAAUGAUUCUUUGGAUAUGAGCAAUGUGUCUGGAAUAAGUUAUAAUAAAAAUAAAACGGAACAUAAUAAAAAUAAAAUGGAAGAUAAUAAAAAUAAAACCGAACAUAAUAAAAAUAAAACGGAACAUAAUAAAAAUAAAAUGGAACAUAAUAAAAAUAGCAACACAGAUGAUAAUAAUAAUAAUAAUAAAAGUAGUAGUACUUAUAUUGUUGAUAGUAACUAUAUUGAUAAUAAUAAUUAUUAUAUUCUUCAUACAAGAAGCAAAGAGGGGAAGAACCAAAAAAACAUUUCCUUACAUACAAAUGAGGAUCAAGAAAAUAUGCAAAGACAAAAUAAUUAUAUUCAUAUAGAAAAACACAAAAAAGAAAAUACAAAUCAAAAUCAAAAUCAAAAUUUAAAAUGUCCAUCUACAAAUAUAUAUAAUCAUAUAACGUGUGCAGAAAAAAAUAAACAAAAUGUCUUGCCCAUAAGAAAUAAUUUAUAUGAAAUAUCCAAUAUAAAUAUUAUAUCCAACAAUAUUGUUAAUUCAAAACAAAAUGAUGAAAUAGAACAUAUAAAACGAGUGCAAGAGGAAGAAGUACAUGGAAUACAAACAUUAUCAGAGAUAAAAAAUUUAUCAGAGAUAAAAAAUUUAUCAGAGAUAAAAAAAUUAUCAGAGAUAAAAAAAUUAUCAGAGAUAAAAAAAUUAUCAGAGACAAAAAAAUUAUCAGAGAUAAAAAAAUUAUCAGAGAUAAAAAAAUUAUCAGAGAUAAAAAAAUUAUCAGAGAUAAAAAAAUUAUCAGAGACAAAAAAUUUAUCAGAGACAAAAAAUUUAUCAGAGAUAAAAAAAUUAUCAGAGACAAAAAAAUUAUCAGAGACAAAAAAAUUAGCAGAGACAAAAAAAUUAGCAGAGAUAAAAAAAGUACAAGAAGAAGAAGAAAUUAAAAAAAGAAAAAAAGAAAACUCAAACGAUCAGCAACUUUUAAAUAUUGAAAACAAAAAUGAUGAUUAUAACAAUACAAGUCAAAUAUUCAUAAAUACAAGUAAUAAUCCAUAUUUUUUAAGAAGCAAUAAUAAAAAGAGGAGAACGACAAGUUAUUCAAUACAAAAGGAAGAGGAUCCUAAAAUUUCUAAUAAUCAUUAUCAACAUGAAAAUAAUAAUAAUAAUAAUAAUUGUGAUUAUAAAUCAUUUGAAAAUAAAAUAAAUUCCAAUGAAAAUUAUAUAAUAAACAAAGAAUUCAUAAAAGAUAAUCCUAAUGAUAAUCCUAAUGAUAAUCCUAAUGAUAAUCCUAAUCCUAAUCAUAAUAAUAAAAAUAAUUCUUACAAAAAAAAAAAUGUCAAAGGUUCUAAUAUGUUAUCCAAUUCACAAAUUGAGAAAAAAAUUAAAUUAAAAAAUUCAAAUAUUUUAAAAAAUUUAAAUGAUGAAUAUAUAAAUAGUCUUAUGGAUACAAAUAAUACAAUACCAAAAAAAGAAGAAAUUGAAAAUUUUGUUUCAUUCUUUGAUAAACCCAAUAAUAAAAAUAAAAAUAAAAAUGAAAACUCACAUACAUAUCAUAAUAAUAAUGAUAUUAAAUAUAUUCAAGAAAAUAAAGAAAAAUAUAUUAACAUUGUUCAAAGGUUAGCAAAUCAACAUAUUUUUUUAAACAGUCAUCAAACAGCCGAUAUAAAUGGUAAAAAUAGUUACAACCAAAAUAAUAAUUAUAUUCAUAAUAAUAAUCAUUAUAAUGAUAAAUAUAUUUUUGAUAAAGAAAACAAUAUCUCUUCAACAACAAAAACAAACCAUAUUGAUCCUUUCAUAUUCGAUGAUAACAAUUCUCCAAUUUCUUUAAACAAUGAUGAUCAUAUAAAUUUUAAUAACGACAAUCUUAAUAUCUCCUUAAAUUCACUUAUUUUAGAUCACGUUGAUAAGAAUCAUCACAACCUUUUUGAAAAUGACAAAGAGGAAAUGCAUAAUCUUGAUGAGAAUUAUAAAAAUAAUUCUUCUAUUAAUUAUAAGGGUGAUUAUGACCCCCAAUCAAAUCACAUGAACAAUUAUAUAUAUAAUAAUAAUAAUAAUAAUAGUGAUGUGGAUAUGGUAUCCAAUUUUAUUUAUGCAGAUACUCAUAAAUAUGAACCAAAUGAACAAUUAAAAGAAAAUAUAUUUAAUAAUCACAAUGAUUUAUAUAAAGAUAUUUAUAAAAAUAAUAUCAAACAUUCCAAUGAAUGUAAUAUGAAACAAAUAAUAAAUUCGUCAUUUAUAGAUGAUGAAAUAAUUAAACUUCUAACCUCAAACAUGCUAUUAAAACAAAUGAUAAUAAAUGAUAGUAAUCACAAAAAUAAUAACCAAUUUAAUAAUGACGUAGAAAAUAUGUCUCCUUGUGAUGAAAAUAUACAUAUAAACAAUCAUAUGAACACAUAUCAUCAUCAUAAUAAAAAUUAUAUAAAUAAUUAUCAACAAACGGAAUCUUUAGAACAAGACCUUAAAAACCUUAUCUGUCAAUAUAUACUCAAUAAUAAAACAAAUGACAUACAAAAUAAUAUUCACAUUCAUAAACAAAAUGAAUAUGAAAUAAAUAUACCAAAUAUGGAAAAUAUAAACAAUAUAACAAAUGCACAAAAUAUUUCAUAUUAUCAUGAUAACAAUAAUAAUAUAAUAAUAAAAUCAAAUAAUAACACAUCUUCUAAAUUAAAUAAAAAACAUUCUUGUAACGAAAAUUUAUAUGAAAAUGAUUAUAAAAAUUCUGAAUGUUUUACAAAGGAUAUACAUCCAUUACAUAAAAACAAUUUAAUAGAUAGUUAUAAAAGUAAUGAACAUAAUAAUGAAGAAUUCAAUGUAUAUACAAAAAAUUUGCUAAAUAAUAAUAAUAACAAUUCAGUUGUUACUUUAACAGAUAUUAAAAAUUUUAUACAAAAUAUAUCAAAUAUAAAUAAUGAAAAUAAUAACAAAAUUUACAAUGAUUUUGUAAAAAAACUCACAGAUAAAUAUUAUAAACACGUACCAAAAGAAAAUGAUGAUACUGGAUAUAAUUAUAAUGACACUUGUGAAUAUCGUAGCACAAUUACAAAUUAUAGUUAUAUUAAUAAAAACGAAGAUGAUAUAAACAAUAAUAUAGACAAUAAUAUAAAUAAUAAUAUAAAUAAUAAUAUAAAUAAAUAUAUAUAUAAUAAUAUAAAUAAUCAUAUAAAUAAUCAUAUAAAUGAUCAUAUAAAUGAUCAUAUAAAUGAUCAUAUAAAUGAUCAUAUAAAUGAUCAUAUAAAUAACCAUAUAAAUAACCAUAUAAAUAACCAUAUAAAUAAUCAUAUAAACAUUAAUAAUGAACACAUGCUACAUAAUUAUCAUCAUCCUUAUAAUUAUAAUAUUUAUAGUGAUAGUUAUGAAACAUCUAACAAUAUAAACGACAAUAAUGAUCUCCUUGGAAUAUACCCCAAACAUCUUAACAAUGAUAUCAACAAGGAAGAAAUUCAAAAUUUAUUAACACUUGAUAAAAAACACAUGAACAAGUCAGGUGAAAAAGUAACAAAGGAGAAAUUUAAAAAUAAUCAUUUAAAAAAUGCAUUUAAUAAUUCUUUAUAUGAUUUUUAUAAUAGUAAUAUUUACUCUUACAAUGAUGAUUUUAAUAUUAAAUUUAUGAAAAUUUUAAAAUUAAGAGAAAAAUAUCAAAAAUCAAAACUAAAUAAUAAAAAAUAUAUAGAUUCUACUGCUUUGGCUAGUUCUAAAAAACAUAUGAACAGUGCAGGUGGUCAGGCAAAAGUUGUGCACACUUUUUCUUCUGACGAGAUAAAAGAAUAUAACUUUUUAAAAGAAUUAUAUAAAAUACAAAAUAAUGAACAAGAAAAUGUUUCAAAUAUGUGUAUAAAUGAAAAAGAAAAUAUAUCAUUAUCCGAUGAAUAUAAAACAGGAAUCUCUCAAAAUAAGAGUAAUAAAAAAAAUUAUAACAGUUAUAGAAAUUUUUUUGAUAAUGACUAUUUAGAUAAUGUAAAAAAAAAUAGUUCUAAUUGUAGGCAAGUGCGUUUGUCGCCAUUAUCGUGCAUAAGUAAUAGUACUUUUGAAGCUGAUAAAAAAAAUUAUAUUAAUUGUGGUAAUAGUAAUAUUAAUUAUAAGGAAGACAUAUGUAUGAACGAUAAGGUAGAUAUGUCUGAACAUGAUAAGAAUGAUAUGAAUGAAAAUGAUAGGCAUGAUAUGAAUGAACAUGAUAAGAAUGAUAUGAAUGAAAAUGAUAAGAAUGAUAUGAAUGAAAAUGAUAGGCAUGAUAUGAAUGAAAAUGAUAGGCAUGAUAUGUCUGAACAUGAUAGGCAUGAUAUAUGUGAGGAUGAGAAGGAUCAUAAAUAUAAUAACCAUAGGCAUGUUAAUGACAAAAGCCGUAAACAUAAGAAAGGACAUAAGAGAGAUAGUAAAUCUCGUAAGUAUAAUUAUUACAAUAUUAUGAAAAAUUAUUAUUUUGCCUUUUUUUUAGAUUUAUAUAAAAAAAAUGAAGACAAUGAGAAUAAUGAAAAUGAAGAAAAUGAUGAAAAUGAUGAAAAUGAUGAAAAUAAUAAUAAUAAUAAUGAUUAUAAUUGUCACUACAGUGUUGAUGAAAAUAGUAGUCUUGCAACAGAUGUUUUGAAAGAGUUCGAUGAAAAUAGAGAGAAUCAAGAAUAUGAAGAAUUUGAAAAAAAAAGUGAUAAAAAAAUGAUAGAUAAAGAAAUGAUAGAUAAAAAAAUGAUAGAUAAAGAAAUGAUAGAUAAAGAAAUGAUAGAUAAAAAAAUGACACAUAAAAAAAUGACACAUAAAAAAAUGAUAGAUAAAAAAAUGAUAGAUAAAAAAAUGACACAUAAAAAAAUGACACAUAAAAAAAUGAUAGAUGAAGAAAUAAUUAAUCUUAUUAAUAACGAUAUAAUAAAUAAUCUGGACAUGUCUAAAUUUGUUCAUGUUGCCACUACAACCAUAAAUAAAAACGAAAAAAAUGUUUCUCCUGAAGAUGAUUCUGCCAUAGCACAUAAUUUUACAAAUCAAAAGGAUAACAAAGAAAUGAAUAAUAUAGAAAAUACAUAUGAUAGAAUAAAAAACUUUAUAUGUCAAAAUGAUACUAAUGUUAUAAAAAAAAAUAUAUCUAAUAAUCAUAAUUCAAACGAAUACUCCGAACAUGAAAAAAAUGUAUUAGAUCUACAAGAAAACAUGAAAAAUGGUGACAAGCAAAUAUCAUCAAAUGAUCCUGAUGAUGAAAGGGAAUUAAAUCGUAAUAUUUUAAGUAUGCGCGAAAAAAAUAAUUUGGUAGCCCCAUCAAAUAUUAUAGUUAGAAAAGAAUUUGAAGAAAACAUAAAUGAAAGAGAUAAUUUUGUAUGUGAUAAGAAGGAAUGUGAUGUAAAUGAAAAACAACUAAAUGACGAUGAUAAAAUAAAAAAUGAUAAUACUAAUUUAAAUUCCUUAAAAGAUAUAUCUUUAAACAUUCAAUCAAAAGAAACAAUAUGUGAACCUGUAAAUGUGGAGAAUCCUAUAUAUAAUAAUGAAAAAGAAAAAAAUACAGAAAAAGUUAUGAAUUAUACAUAUAAUAAUAUGACAAAAAUACAAUAUGAUAAAGGCUCACAUAAAGAAUUAAAUGACAUUGAGAAUAUUAAUAAUGAUAUAGAAAAAAAAGAAUCAGAAAUAUUAUAUGAAACAAAUAAAGAUGAUAUAUUUUUAAAUGAAGAAAAUAUUAUGAUUGAAAAUAAAUUAAAUACAGAUAUAAAUGAACAUAUAGAGAUACAUAUUAAUAAUGAGAAUACUUAUGAUUCAAAUAAUAGAAAUGCUAUUGUUCAAGCAGAAAAAUUAAAUAGUGAUAUACCAUAUAUAACAAACAUUUAUAAAGAAAUGCAUAGAUCUCCUGUCAUGCCAUUACGAAUCGAAGCUUUUCAUUCUUUAGAAGAUCAAAGAUUAAUAUAUGGAAAACCAGACUGGCAAAAAUUUCUAUGUCCUUUAUGUGAUAAAAAAUAUUAUCCUCCAAAUAGUUAUAUAAAAAAUUAUUCACAUUAUUUAAAUGAACAUUGGAUGAAUAGAAAAAUUCUUGGAGGAUAUAUUAUUUUUCCUUGUAAAUUAAUACACACUAAAGAAGAUAUGGAACAAAAUAAAACAAAUAUGAAUUAUAUUAAUAAAGGAAUUAAAAAGAAGAAAAAAAAAAUAAAAAGAAUUAUAAUCGAUCCACAUUAUCAUUGUCCAUUGUGUGUAAAUAUUUAUUUUGAUAAUUAUAAUAUGUUGACAGAGCAUUGUUCAAGUGUUCAUAAAAAUUCUGGUGCUGACCCUUCAAGGACACUUCCCUCAAAUUUAGUGCACACUCCUUUUAUAAAUAGCAAUGAUUACGUUUGUUCAUUAAAAAAAAUGGAAAACGAAAAAGAUAAUGAUAAUAACAACAAAAAUAAUGAUAAUAACAACAAACAUAAUGAUAAUAACAACAAACAUAAUGAUAAUAACAAACAUAGUGAUAUUGAUAAAUGUGUAGAAAAUGUGUUAAUAGAGGAAAAACAUGAAUCCCUAAGUAUUAAAGGAUCAAACACAGAAAAAGACGAAAUUAAGGAUGACAACAAUAAUAAUAAUCACAUGAACGAUGAUAAUAAUAAUAAUAUUAAUAAGGAUGAUGAUGAAAAUAUUAAUAAACAGAAGUUGUUAACCACACCAAAUGAACAUUCCUCCAAUCUCAAUCUCUUAAAUAAUAUAAAUCAGAAAAAAAAAAGAAACACACGUAAUAGCAAAGUCAUUUUUUGUGAAGAAAUACAAGUACGCGAGUAUGACAUUGAAUUGUCAAGAAUUGAAAAGUUUGGAGCAAGUAUUGGCCCAGUUUUUACGGAUGAAGAGAAUAAAAAUGAAGAGAAUAAAAAUAAAGAGAACAAAAAUGAAGAAAACAAAAAUGAAGAGAACAAAAAUGAAGAGAACAAAAAUGAAAAAAAUAAAAAUGAAGAGAACAAAAAUGAAGAAAACAAAAAUGAAGAAAACAAAAAUGAAGAGAACAAAAAUGAAAAGAACAAAAAUGAAGAGAACAAAAAUGAAGAGAACAAAAAUGAACAAAAUAAUAACCAAAUAAAUAUAUAUGUUAAUAAAGAGAUAAACCAAAUAUAUACAAAUUCUAUUAAUAACAACGAUGAGAAUAAAGUGGAAAUUCAUAAUAACCAUCUAUCUCAAAUUUUAAAAGAUGAUGUUUCAAAAUGUGAUCAAAUAACAGAUCAACAUAAAGUACAUGAACAAAAUAGCCAAAAUGAUGAAAAAAUUCUGACUUGUUCAGAAUUUUUUGAAAAUGAAGAAAGUGUAAUAAAAGAAAAAGUAGAACAUUUAAAAGUAAAAUCAUCAAAUGAAGAUGAUAAUAAAAUAGAGAAAUAUAAAAAGAAUUAUAGCGAACAAACAUAUGAUGUAGAGACAUAUAAUAUAGAGAUAUAUAAUAAUGAUAUAGAAAAUAAAACAUUAGUAAACAUGGAAAACAAUAAUCAAUCAUUGAAACAAAUUACAAAUAAUUGUAAUGAACUUACAGUUAAUGAAGAGAAAAAGGAAAAUAUUUUGAUUAGUAAUAAUAAAAAUAAUGAUGAUAAUACAAGUGUAAAAAAUGUACAUAUAGUAAAUAAUAAAAAAAUUACGAGAAUAAAAGAAAAUGAAUUGUUGUCUUCAAAUAAAAUAACAAAAGAAAUUAAAAAUUAUAAUUUAUCCAGAAGAUAUAAUAAAGAUGAAUGUUUAAAUAAUGAAAAAUUAGUCGAAAUGGAAGAUGAUAAAAAUUAUAAUGUAUAUGUUGAAGAAAAUAACAAAGAUAUAAUAAAAAAUAAUAUAAAAACUGAACGAUUAAAUGGUAUCUUUAAAGGAUCAAUGAAAGGUGAUGAGAUGGUAGGCACUAUAAAGAAAUAUGGAAGAACAAAUAUAUUAAAUAAAAAAGAUAUAAAAAGAGCUACACAAAGGAAAAUAUCACAGAAUAUCCCAAUAAACGUAACAAAUGAUAAGUCAAAUGAUAUGUCAAAUGAUUUAUCAAAUGAUAUAUCAAAUGAUAUAUCAAAUAAUAUUUCAAAUGGAUUAACAGAAGACACGUCAAAUGCACUUACAUCCCUUUUGAGCUUUAAUCUACUUUCUCCAGGAAGUGAUAAAAAAAUACCAUUUACAGAAAUAAAUUAUGAGGAACAUUUACAAAUUAAAACACAAGCAAUAACAGAAAUAUUGUUAGAAAAUAGAAUAGAAAAUAACAAAGAACAUGAUUUUACUCCUCCAAAUAGAAAAAGAGGUACUUUCAUAAAUAAACAAAUCAAUAAUAUAAAUAAAAAUAUAGUAUCCAAAUAUAAAAGGAAAAUAAAAUUGUAUUCAUCAAAAGACGAAAAACAAAAUGAAACAAAUAUGAUAUGUAAAAAUAUGACAGAUACAGAAAAUAUUUAUAUUCCUCCUGACAAGAUAAAUUUAAAUGUGAAAAAGGAAAAAGAAAAUGAUACCUUAAAAAAAAUAAUACGUCCCAAAAAAAAAGAAAAAAUUGUUCCUACAAAAAUAAAUUGUCGACAAAGUGCUCGAAUUAAAAAUAAACAGAAAGGAUCUAAUUAA